UUGAUGGAUACACGGACAGCGACGGCCGAGCUGGGCUGGACCGCCAACCCUCCUUCAGGGUGGGAAGAAGUCAGUGGCUACGACGAAAACCUCAACACCAUCCGUACGUACCAGGUGUGCAAUGUCUUCGAGCCCAACCAGAACAACUGGCUCCUCACCACGUUCAUCAACCGGCGUGGAGCUCACCGCAUCUACACCGAGAUGCGCUUCACUGUGCGGGACUGCAGCAGCCUCCCCAACGUCCCUGGCUCCUGCAAAGAGACCUUCAACCUCUACUACUACGAGACAGACUCUGUCAUUGCCACCAAGAAGUCUGCCUUCUGGACAGAGGCACCCUACCUCAAAGUGGACACCAUUGCUGCUGACGAGAGCUUCUCCCAGGUGGACUUUGGUGGCAGGUUGAUGAAGGUGAACACAGAAGUGAGAAGUUUUGGGCCCCUGACCCGCAAUGGCUUUUACCUGGCUUUCCAGGACUAUGGGGCUUGUAUGUCUCUGCUGUCUGUCAGGGUCUUCUUCAAGAAGUGCCCCAGCGUGGUGCAGAACUUUGCCAUCUUCCCAGAGACGAUGACGGGAGCCGAGAGCACCUCCCUAGUGACUGCCCGUGGCACUUGCAUCCCCAAUGCUGAGGAGGUGGAUGUGCCCAUCAAACUGUACUGCAAUGGGGAUGGGGAGUGGAUGGUCCCCAUCGGCCGCUGUACGUGCAAGGCUGGUUACGAGCCGGAGAACAACGUGGCUUGCAAAGCCUGCCCAGCGGGGACCUUCAAGGCCAGCCAGGGUGCGGGGGUCUGUGUGCCAUGCCCCUCCAACAGACGCUCCACCGCCGAGGCCUCGCCGGUCUGCACGUGCCGCAACGGCUACUACCGGGCAGACUUUGACCCACCGGCAGCUGCCUGCACUAGCGUUCCGUCUGGUCCCCGCAACGUCAUCUCCAUUGUCAACGAGACGUCCAUCAUCCUGGAGUGGCACCCACCACGGGAGACAGGGGGUCGGGACGAUGUCACCUACAACAUCGUCUGCAAGAAGUGCCGGUCGGACCGACGCGCCUGCUCCCGCUGCGAUGACAACGUGGACUUUGUCCCCAGGCAGCUGGGGCUGACGGAGACCCGGGUCUUCAUCAGCAACCUGUGGGCACACACACCCUACACCUUCGAGAUCCAGGCUGUCAAUGGGGUUUCCAACAAGAGCCCCUUCCCACAGCAGCACGUCUCUGUCAACAUCACCACCAAUCAAGCUGCACCCUCCACCGUCCCCAUCAUGCACCAGGUGAGUGCCACAAUGAGGAGCAUCACACUUUCGUGGCCUCAGCCCGAGCAGCCCAACGGCAUCAUCCUGGACUAUGAGAUCCGCUACUAUGAGAAGCUGAGCCGCAUCUGCACGCCCGAUGUCAGCAACACCGUGGGCUCCAGGCCAGCAGCGGACCACAACGAGUACAACUCCUCCAUGGCCCGCAGCCAGACCAACACAGCCAGGAUCGAGGGGCUGCGACCCGGGAUGGUGUACGUGGUGCAGGUGCGAGCCCGCACUGUAGCCGGCUACGGCAAAUACAGUGGGAAGAUGUGCUUCCAGACGCUGACGGAUGAUGACUACAAGUCGGAGCUGAGAGAGCAACUGCCUUUGAUAGCGGGGUCCGCAGCGGCUGGGGUGGUCUUCAUUGUCUCACUGGUGGCCAUCUCCAUCGUCUGCAGCAGGAAGCGUGCCUACAGCAAGGAGGCGGUGUACAGUGAUAAGUUACAGCACUACAGCACCGGGAGAGGGUCUCCAGGAAUGAAGAUCUAUAUCGACCCCUUCACCUACGAGGAUCCCAACGAGGCGGUCCGAGAGUUUGCCAAGGAGAUCGAUGUAUCCUUCGUCAAGAUUGAAGAAGUCAUUGGAGCAGGGGAGUUUGGAGAAGUGUAUAAGGGACGCCUGAAGCUGCCCGGCAAGCGGGAGAUCUACGUGGCCAUCAAAACACUGAAAGCUGGCUACUCUGAGAAGCAGCGCCGGGAUUUCCUGAGCGAGGCCAGCAUCAUGGGGCAGUUUGACCACCCCAACAUCAUUCGGCUGGAAGGGGUGGUGACCAAAAGCCGACCGGUCAUGAUCAUCACAGAGUUCAUGGAGAAUGGGGCCCUGGACUCCUUCCUGCGGCAAAACGAUGGGCAGUUCACAGUGAUCCAGCUGGUGGGGAUGCUCAGAGGAAUUGCUGCUGGGAUGAAGUACCUCGCAGAGAUGAAUUAUGUGCACCGAGAUCUGGCUGCCAGGAACAUCCUGGUCAACAGCAACCUGGUGUGCAAAGUGUCUGACUUUGGCCUGUCACGCUAUUUGCAGGACGAUACGUCUGACCCCACCUACACCAGUUCUUUGGGGGGAAAGAUCCCUGUCAGAUGGACAGCACCGGAGGCCAUUGCCUACCGCAAGUUCACCUCGGCCAGUGAUGUCUGGAGCUACGGCAUCGUCAUGUGGGAGGUGAUGUCGUUUGGGGAGAGGCCCUACUGGGACAUGUCCAACCAAGAUGUCAUCAAUGCCAUCGAGCAGGAUUAUCGUCUCCCUCCACCCAUGGACUGUCCUGCUGCCCUGCACCAGCUGAUGCUGGACUGCUGGCAGAAGGACCGCAACACCCGUCCUCGCUUCACCGAGAUAGUCAACACCCUGGAUAAAAUGAUCCGCAACCCGGCAAGCCUCAAAACUGUGGCUACCAUCACCGCUGUGCCUUCUCAGCCCCUCCUUGACCGCUCCAUCCCCGACUUCACUGCCUUUACCUCAGUAGAUGACUGGCUAAGCGCUGUGAAGAUGAGCCAGUACCGAGACAGCUUCCUGACUGCUGGCUUCACCUCCCUGCAGCUUGUUGCCCAGAUGACAUCGGAAGACCUCUUGAGAAUAGGGGUGACUUUGGCUGGGCACCAGAAGAAGAUCCUGAACAGCGUCCAGUCCAUGCGAGUACAGAUGAGUCAGUCUCCGACCUCGAUGGCAUGACGUCCCUUGUUCGAUGGGGAAGGGGACGGGGAGGGCACGUAGUGGAGGGGGCAGAGGUGGGAGGGGAGGAACUGACAGGCCCCAUGGGGCAGCGUUUGGAGACGUGCUGCCGCUGCCUGGGGGACUGUAACCGCAGAUGAAGGAUGUUCCUGGGACUCAUCUCUAACUGGUGACUUCCGUUCCUCACCAACAAAAGCACACUUACCAAUGUCAUGGGGAACAGCGUAUAAAUACAUAUAAAUAUGUACAAAUCAUAUAUUUAAAAAACAAAACAAA